AUGCGUCGCCGGCUGGUAGUGGGCGCUGCAAGCACCUGGGCAGCUGGCUUGCCGCAGGGCGCUGCAGCCACCUUUCGGGCCGCCCAAGUGGAGAAGGCGACCAUCUUCGCCACCAGCAAGGGACGCAAGGUCAGGCGCAUACAGCGACCCUUCACUCUCGAGCUGGGCGGCACGCUUCCCGAGCUGGAAAUCGUGUACGAGGAAUGGGGAAACGCGCACAACCCGGUCGUGCUCCUCUUCCCCUCCCUAUCCGUCGGCUCGCACGCCAGAUCAAGCGUGGACGAUCCGACGGCAGGCUGGUGGGAAGCCAUGCUCGGUCCCUCCAAGGGGAUCAGCACGGAGAAGUUUCGGGUUAUAUGUCCCGCAGGCUUGGGGUCUCCCUUUGGCUCCACCUCCCCCCUGAGUAUCAAUCCGGCCACGGGCAAGGCCUACAACGGCACCUUCCCUCAGAUCACGCCCAGAGACAUGGCGCGAGCGCAUAUGGCCCUGCUGGAGAGCUUGAGUGUACAUAAAGCCCACGCGCUCGUGGGCGCUUCGCUGGGCGGGUGCGUGGCGCUGUCGUUUGCCUCCGAGUAUCCAGACUUCGUCGACAACCUCUGCGUCAUCUCCUGCACCGGCAAAUCAACGCCGGGGAGUGUGGCCUUGCGGCACAUACAAAGGCAGGCCGUGCUGAGGGACCCGAACUACUGCAACGGCAACUACCGAGAGCAGGGCGUCAACCCCUCCAACGGCAUGGCUGUGGCACGACAACUGGGAAUGGUGACUUAUCGAACGAGAGAGGAAUUCAACCAACGCUUCAGCUGGGAUGCGGCUGGCCCCUACCACCUCGGCGACGCCAUCAACUUCGAAGUGGAGUCGUAUCUCCAAAACAAAGCCGGUUCGUUCGUCGACAACUACGAUCCCAACAGCUACCUCUUACUCUCGAAAUGCACGGACCUCAUGGACCUGGGCCGAGGCCACAAGAACUUCUCCGAGGGGCUGCUCCGCAUCAACUCAAAGGUCAUGAUCAUGGGCGUCGAUUCGGAUUUCCUCAUUCCACCAUCGGAGCAGCAGUACAUGCACCAUCUCCUGCAAGCCCACGGCAAGGACGUGCGACUGCGGACCUGCGGCUCGAUCUACGGCCACGACGCCUUCCUGCUGGACAUGGGCUGGUUCCUCCCGCACAUCCGGGACUUCCUGGAGCAUGACCACCAGCGCCACCACCACCACAGCCACCCCGCCUUCGUCCAUCCCAACUAG